GGGGGCGGGGGGAGGUCCUGGCUGUGCUCGCUCCCCAGGAGAACUGCAGGCUGGGGCCGGACUGUCAGACUCCGGUUGGGUCCCUUCCCCCAAGGUGGACCUGGAGUCCGUGUGUUUUCCCGGAGCUGCAACCAUGGAGUCCUCCAAGGACCUGCAAGCGGGGGCAGCCUGGGGUUUCUGCAGGAGAAGUGCUGAUGAGUCCCAGUGGCGGGGGCAGCAGGGGUCCGGCCCCAUGGAGGAAGCACCCAGCAGCCAAGCCCCCUGCAAGCGGAGCAACAGCCAGAGGCUGCCGGGGAUCGAGGAGGAGCCCCCGGCCGGCCCCCCGCCCGACUAUCGGCAGCACCUGUACAGCCUUCUGGGCCCUGAAAGAGCUGAAUACUUCCUGAGCCCGCCGGCCCUGGAGCGGUGCAGGACCCCCGGGGAGCAGGGCCUGCUGGAGGCAGUGGGAGGGGCCGGCGCUGAGGAGCUCUGGCGAGUCCUGCACGAGGAGCCGCAGCGCCGGCGGCAGGCGGCAGAGGCCAGGAUGGGGCGGGCAGUCGCCGAGCAGGUGCCCUGGCUGGGACGUGCUGCUCUCACGCCCAGGAUGCAGCGGGUGGCACGGUGGAGGCGGCAGCUACAUGUGAUGCACCGGCUGGGGGAGCUGCACCAGGACGCAACCAGCCUGCUGCUGGCCAGGGAGCCGCUCGCCGACCUCAACGACAGCCAGGGGGCGCAGGGGCCGGCCCGCUAUCUGCACAGGGCCCUCCAGGGAGGUCGGUGAGCAGGGGCCUGCUGGCUGGUGCCCCACAGCCGAUGCCCGAGCCAGCUGUGGGCGAAGCGUGGCCUGGGCCCCAGACUCCUGCUCCGUGCCCCCGCUGAGCGGGCAGAGACUGACGCACGUUCACCCCAAGCAGAAGCCUGAGUAAAGAGCCCUUGUCUGA